AUGGCCCCCGUCGAAGAAAAGAAGGAGACGUUCGAUGUUCGCGGCGGAAUCCGUUUCGGAGCAGGCGUAGCUUACACGGACGAGUACGGGGGUCCGACGCCAUCCGCGGAGAGCGACGAUUACGUUGCCGAGCUUCCCACAGAGGAAGAAGAGCGAGCCAUGAUUCUUGGGCAGGAAGAAUUGAUGGAUGAAGGGAGAGCCCUUCAUCACCCCAGUACCAUGUCGGCGCUCCGUAAACAGGGAGAAGCGGGCGAAAACGAAGACCCAUUCACCAAUCACGAAUCGGGAUCUGGGUUAGUGAACACCAGAAUUUCGGAUCGCGAAUCGUCGUACCAAUCGCGGAGAAACAAUCGCUUGAUUCUAGAAGAUGGUGUUUCGUUUAAGGACGCCAUGAAGCAAGCAAAUAUCGAAAAGGAACGCGACGAGCUUGUUCGGGAGGUUCAAAAAAGUCUAAAAGAAAACGACGACCUAACGCGUCAGGAGCUUGGGGAGACGGCUUCGACACGGCGUCGAAAGCGAAGAUGGGACACUAGUGGUUCGGAGGAUAACGAAGCUCCAACAACAGUUGCACCGGACACGGCGAUG